AUGGCAGCUGAUAAGGUGUUCAGUGUGGACGAUGUCGCCUCCCACAAAGACAGAACUGACCUAUGGGUUAUAAUUCACGGAAAGGUCUACGACCUUACGAAAUAUGUGCGAGACCACCCUGGUGGCGCGGAUGUCCUGUACGAUGUCGCUGGGGUCGAUGCGACGGAGGCAUAUGAUGAAGUUGGCCAUUCAGAGGAUGCGGAUGAGAUCUUGAAGACAUUUUUGAUUGGCACAGUUAAGGACGCCCAUGAGAUCAAAGCUCCCAAGAAGGUCGUUCGCCUCAUCCAGUCGACUACUCCGAAGAAGGAGAGCACUGCGGCAUCGGGUUCUUCCGCUGGCGCAAUUACCAUGGUGAUCGGCUCCAUUGCUGGUGGUGCGGCGCUUUACUUUGCUUCCCCUCAUAAUUUCAAGCUACAAAAUCUGUUGCCAAAGCUCCCUCUACCCACUGUGGCCUCGCUACAAUCCACACCGACUAUUGCCCUGCCGCAAGGAGGAUUCUUCACCGGAUUUACUGCUGCUACCUCUUUCUGUGUCACUGUUGGUGCCGUUCUUGCAGCCAAACUUUCGAAUUUCACCCAAAUUGAGUCUGGAUUCACCAAAUACCCUCCGCAUUUGAAGAGCCAGCCUAUGGUGAAGGCGGAUCCUGGACUUGCCCGUGGUUUCCUACAGCCUAAAGAAUACCAAGCUCUUCCCCUGGUCAAAAAGGAGCAGCUUUCGCCAAGCGUCUUCCGCUUUGUGUACCAGCUGCCAAAGGAAACUGAUGUCAUUGGCAUUCCAAUCGGCCAGCAUUGUGCUAUCAAAGCCAAUAUUGACGGAAAAGAUGUUGCCCGCUCCUACACCCCAACCUCCAAUAAUACAGACCUGGGUAGGCUGGAGUUGGUUAUUAAGUGCUACCCCGACGGCCUCCUGACCGGAAAGUAUCUUGCCAAUCUGAAGGUCGGCGAUAAGUCUCUCUUCCGCGGUCCUAAGGGUGCAAUGAAGUACAAGAAAGGCCUCUGCAAGAAGAUUGGAAUGGUGGCUGGCGGUACUGGAAUCACCCCUAUGUACCAGCUUAUUCGCGCUAUCUGCGAAGACGAAACCGACACAACAGAGGUUAGUCUUAUCCUCGCUAACCGCAGCGAAGAGGACAUUCUUCUGCGAAAAGAACUCGAAGCAUUUGCGAAUAAUUAUCCUAAGAACUUCAAGUUCUGGUACAUGCUCGAUAAGCCCCCGCAAAACUGGGCCUACGGCAAGGGCUUCAUCACCCGAGAUGUUAUGACUGCCAAGCUCCCGGCGCCUUCUCCCGACACCAAAGUUAUGCUCUGCGGACCUCCUGGCAUGGUUAAGGCUGCCCAGACUGCUUUGGUAUCCAUGGGCUUCCAGGCUCCUGGAGCUAUCACGAAGAUGACCGAUCAAAUGUUCCUCUUUUAG